CAGUCCUCGAUUGAAUUUCGUAGACCACAGUCUACAGAAAGCAACCCACGACCCACAAUGGCAAGCAAUCAAGUCGCACUCAUCCUCGGAGCUGGCCCACGAGUAGGAACCGCAGUCGCGAAAAGCCUCUCCUCGAAGGGUUACGCGGUCGCAGUUACAUCAAGGAGAGGCACUGGCAGCAAAGACGCCAAUGGAUUCGUGUCUUUGAAAGCCGAUUUCAGCGACCCAAACAGUAUCCCGACACUGUUUCGAGACGUCGAGACCCAUCUCGGUUCCCCUCCAAGCGUGGUUGUGUACAAUGCUGCAGGAAUGACGCCCCCGCCCGAUAAAGACAGCGUGCUCUCCAUUCCAGCGGAUCGGUUUGCCGCAGACCUCACGAUCAACACCAUCAGCUCUUACGUCGCUGCCCAGGAAUGCAUUAAGGCUUGGGAAAGGCUUCCGAAAGAGACGAAGAAGACGUUUAUUUAUACUGGCAACGUGCUGAACACAGUCGUCUUGCCCGUCCCGAUGAUGGUGACCUUGGGUGUUGGGAAAUCGGCUUCGGCGUACUGGAUCGGCGUUGCGGACGCGACGUACUCGGCUCGCGGACAUCGCUUUUUUUACGCCGACGAGCGUCACGCAGACGGGAAGAUGAAAGGUAUGGAUCUCGAUGGUCCUGCCCAUGGCGAAUUCUAUGCCCAGCUGGCCGACCACCCGGCAGAUGUACCAUGGCAUGCGACAUUCCUCAAGGGCAAGGGGUAUGUCAAGGCGUAGAAGCUCAUCAUAGCUCUAGACCAUCUCUUAGCAUCAUGUAUGGAGUUUGAUUUGGGAGCAACCUCGCC